AUGGGCACAAAUACCACCGAGGUUCCCUGGGAGCCUGCGUUCGCCCCUGAUGGCGCCCAGUACCCGGUGUGGUCCACCAUUGCCGGCUGUGUGGUGAAGAUGGUGCUCAUAGCAUUCAUUGUGUGUGUGUCCUUGUUCGGGAACGUGGUGGUGCUGCUGGUGUUCCAGAGGAAGCCUCAGCUCCUUCACGUGGCCAACCGCUUCGUCCUCAACCUCCUGUUGGCCGACCUGCUCCAGACUAUCCUGGUCAUGCCCUUCGCCAUGGCGGCCACCGUGCCAGGCGUGUGGCCCCUGGAUGUGCGGCUGUGCCAGGCCCUGGUGGUGCUCAUGCACCUGUUCGCAUUCGCCGGGGUCAACACCAUCAUAGUGGUCUCUGUGGAUCGCUACCUGGCCAUCAUCCACCCUCUGUCCUACCCCACCCGCAUGACCCCUCACCUGGGCACCAACCUGAUCAUCUGCACCUGGGUGCUCAGCUUCCUGCAGAGCACGCCGCCCCUGUACGGCUGGGGGGCCAUCGACUUUGACCGACACCACAACAUGUGCUCGGUGGUGUGGUCCUCCAGCCUGACCUACUCGGCCGUGGUGUCCGCCUUCUCCUUCUGGCUGCCCGUGCUCAUCAUGCUGGGAUGUUACUGGAUGGUGUUCAGAGCAGCUCGGAGGCAGAACGCUCUCGUGCACCCCAUCCAGAAGCAGUCCUACACCCAGCCGGCGCCGCAGGACUCCCAGGGUCCCGGCAGUCCACUGCGGCAGCCCCAAGCCCAGCCGGCAAGUUCACCAGAAGGCCCCUACGUAGCCAGAGGAUGCCCUGUGCGGGUCAGGCACAGACGCUUCCACUACCACUGCAAGGCCGCUCGGGUAGUGUUUGUGAUUAUGGCCUCAUACAUCCUCAGCAUGGGGCCUUACAGCAUACUGAACACAAUAUCCAUGAGCACCAGAGCGCCUGUGCCCCCCUGGCUGUCCUCUGUUGCGCUUGUGCUCUUUUUCUUACAGUGCUGCCUGCACCCGUACAUUUACGGUUACAUGCACCGCAGUGUGAGGAAGGAGUUCCUGGCGCUGCUCUGCGGGUCGUUCUGCAAGCAGGGCCGACCCAGCCAGAGCUCGGCUGUGGAGAGCUGCUUCACCACCACAGAGGGACGCUCGGGCGCCCACCCUCACCUGCCCAGCCUGGCCGCCCGGAUCCUCCCUCUGAGGACUUGGGAAGAAUGCACCACCUCCUCCACCCCCACUUUUGACAGGAAGUCGAGGGACAGCCGCAAAGACACGGCUUCCACCAGCAUCAGCUCCGAGAGGGAGCUCACGGUCCACAGCAAACAAAGCACAUGA